AUGGACACUCACAUCAGCCGAGAAUUUGCGGUAUCGUUGCUUGCCGCCUGUGAAGGCGACGAGGAGACAACUAUUGCACCCCAGUGCCUGACAGAACCCAAAUUUCUCGCCACAUUCUCGGACUUUCUCGGAAACAUUCUCAAGGACUGGACCACCCUGCCCCCUCAACUAAGAACAACUUUUCAGAAUACUUUUAGCGCUAACGGCUGGCACCUCUCCUUUGAAAGAGACGUUGCAAGCUGGAUAAAGUCCGAAAUUGACAGCUCUCUCGCACCGCAAGAAGACACGGCCACUCGGCUCUUCGGCCACCUCCGCAGACUGUCUAAACCUACAACACCUCUUCAGACUGUGAUGAGGCAGAUUUAUCUAGUGGAAUUUCAUCACUUGCGACAAACUUUCAACACACGUUUCACAAGCCUUACCAGGGAACCUCUUGCGACGUACAUUGGUAAGCGUCUUGACUUGGAGGCGACAGAAGUCAGGUCUGUCUACAAGUAUCUUGCACAAGCAGAAAAGCGUGUACAAAAGGGUCCAGAGUUCGAUGAUGUAAUCCAGUUGCUCAAAGAUCGAGGGCUUGUUCGAAAUGAAGGCACAGAGUUAUAUUACAACCUGGCGGACGAGUUCAUCUCACGCCGUCGUGACGAGGGGACGUGCCUUGUUGAUAAAAUAUGUGGGAAUAGUCGGUCGCGGAGAAGACCCACAACACGGAUCAAGAUCGAGAGCUUGGGGAUCGAGCCGACAACUCCUACAGCUGUUGGCAGUUGGUCAUCACCUAGUGCCGGUCAACAUCUUGACAGGGCUGGUGUGUCCAUGCCACAGGGUGUGUUGCAGAACAUUGCAUGUGGGGUCUCCCUCGUAUCCAAGACAUUCAGGAGCCGGGGCAGUUCAGUCAGACCUCCACUCAAGAAACCGCUGGUCAACAUCACGAUACUCCCAUGGAUGAUUUUCAUCGGACCAUGA